UGUUAAAACACCCGGUGGCCGGUUGGUGUACCACUACCGCAAGAAGCCUAGGAGGGUCCCGAGAUGUGCCGACACGGGCAAGAAGCUUACCGGCAUCCGGUCGGCGCGUCCCCAUGAGAAGCGUCGCAUGAAGAAGAAGCACAAGACGGUUAACCGGACGUACGGCGGCGUGCUGUGUCACAGCGCCGUGCGGGAGAGGAUCAUCCGUGCCUUCCUGGUGGAGGAGCAGAAGAUCGUCCGGAAGGUGCUCAAGGCCCAGCAGGCGUCCGCUAAGAAAUAAAUUACACCUCAGACACUCCUCA